CACGGUGAAACAAGCGUGUGGUGUCGGUAGAGCUUGGCAGUCUGUUAUCUAGAAAGUUCUCGGAAGUGCUAUAUCUUCUCAUUAAACAGGGCAUGUAAGCUGACUUUUUCCUCAUUUCAAGAGUAAUAUUAUUCGCAAAAAAUGUCCGUUAUUUCUGAGGAAAAUGUUCGGGGAGGCAACGUUUUCAAGGAUAUUAGUGCCGACGAUGAAGACUGGCAGCCCAGUGAGAUCGAGAGCCUGUGUAUGAACUGCUACCAAAACGGUACGACACGUAUGUUACUGACCAAGAUACCAUUCUUCAAAGAGAUAAUCGUCAGCUCUUUCAGUUGCGCUAACUGCGGCUGGUCAAAUACUGAAAUCCAGUCCGCGGGCCGGAUUCAAGAUCAGGGUGUUUGCUACACCCUGAAAGUCAAAUCUAAACAGGACUUGAACCGAGAGGUUGUGAAAGCAGACAGUGCGACCACCAGAAUCCCUGAGCUGGAUUUUGAAAUCCCUCCUUUUACUCAGAAAGGGUCACUUUCUACCAUCGAGGGUCUUUUAGACCGGGCAGUUUCAGGACUGGAGCAGGACCAGGCUGUUAGGCGAGCAGCAGACCCUGAGGUGGCUGACAAAAUAGAUGAAUUCAUCUUGAAGCUGAAGAAGCUAAAAGAAGUUGAGAAUGAAUUCACACUGGUGAUUGACGAUCCAUCUGGAAACAGUUUUGUGGAAAAUCCAGUGGCCCCUCAAAAGGAUGAGGCUCUCACCGUGUCCCAGUUCAAGAGGACGAUCCAGCAGGAUAUGCAGCUUGGUUUACGAGCUGAUGAUGACCUGAAUGAAGAAUCGGCAGGUAAUGACUUGGAGACCAUGAGAAAUGAGGUUUUGGUCUUCAACACAAACUGCCCCGAAUGCAACGCGCCAGCUUCCACCAACAUGAAACUUGUCCAGAUCCCCCACUUUAAGGAGGUCGUCAUCAUGGCCACUAAUUGUGACAGCUGUGGCCACCGGACCAAUGAGGUGAAAUCAGGUGGAGCCACCGAGGAGCUCGGCACCAAAAUCACCCUGCAUGUCACAGACCCUUCGGACAUGACUCGAGACUUGCUCAAGUCUGAGACGUGUUCUGUCAUCAUCCCUGAGCUGGAGUUUGAGCUGGGGAUGGCAGCUCUGGGUGGGAAGUUCACUACCUUGGAGGGCCUGCUGAAAGACAUUAAAGACCUGACCGUCUCUAAAAAUCCCUUUGUCUGCGGUGACAGCAGCGACACAGACCGGGUGCAGAAGCUGAACGAGUUUGGUGAAAAGAUAGACAAGAUUAUCUCUGCAGGGAUGAGUGUCCACGUCAUUCUGGAUGAUCCAGCAGGAAACAGUUACUUGCAAAAUGUAUAUGCCCCUGAACCAGAUCCUGAGAUGACUGUGGAGAAGUACACUCGCUCAUUUGAACAGAAUGACGAGCUUGGUCUGAAUGAUAUGAAGACUGAAGGAUACCAAGAGGAAAACUGAACAGAACAAAGCAACUAAAAUGACUAUAUGAGUUCAAAAUGAAAAAUAUCUUGGCAUAAACCCAGUAUAGUUGCAAUGCUCCAUAUUUUGUGCCAUUUUUAGAGUUUGUUUUUAAGUUAAAAACUGGGUAAUUUUUUUACUUCCAAAGGGCCUCACAUCUAUAGCAGUGAGAGGAAUUCUAAGUUGUCUAAACGCAUAGUGAAAAUAAGCAUUGAAUAAAAGUAGCUUAAUUUGUGUAUUAAUGUGGAUUCUGUGUUAAAUAAAAAUAAAUUAAA